AUGGCGGCCAAGUUUACAUCUGAGUCACGACGUAGGUUAGCGCUUGUGAUUGGUAUCGGUGAUUAUGAAAAUAUACAAAAAUUACAGAAUCCUCAAAAUGAUGCGAAAGCAUUAUCAUCUCUCUUACAACGUUUCCGCUUUACUACUGCUGAUCAACACUUGGAUCAAACACGCAAUCAGUUGAAACAUGUUCUUGUGGAUUUUGAAGACUCAAUUCAAUCUAACUAUAUAGUCCUGUUUUAUUUUGCUGGACAUGGGAUACAAUGGGAAGUAUGUAUUCAGAAUNAUCAAAAUCGGCAAAAAAAUCGGCAAAAAUCGACAGUUUUGGCGAUUUAA